AUGGCCGAGUCACGGGAGUCACAACAGUCUUUCAGAGAGGCACUCCUUUCGCAUGAUGAAGGACUGACCAGCGUACAACCACAACACUCUUGGAAUGCAAUCAGUGGCCAUGAAACCCCCACUAACGAGUUUGCUUAUCUUCCACCGAGUGAUAAACAUGAAAGCUUUUCCGAGGAGGUCUUUCGGGAGGUGGGAUUGGGGAUUAUUGACUCUCCUGAUGAGACGCUGCCCAACCAUGAGAAGCCCGAGCUCGCUUCGAAAGACGACCUGACAAUCACUGCUACAUGUACAAAACCGGAAUCUUUACAAAUGCCCUAUGAUUCUCCGGCGACUACCUUGUGUUCCCGGUCACCAAAGAACUGCCCUACUCAAGCAACGAUUCUACAACGCCGCUUCUCAUGGAUUCCAGUGACGACCCUCGUACUAGCACUCUACGCAACGGUGUUUUCCGGAAUAUAUCUUGCAAUCGCGAUUCGGAAGCCACAGUGGACAUCGAUCGGAAGUGCUGGAUCUCUUGCUCCCUCAACUGCCAAUUUGCUCUGCGCACUGUUUGCCAAGACGAUCGAACUGGCGUACGUCACGAUAUGUGUUGCGUUUCUCGGUCAAGUUUUGAGCCGGCGAGCACUGAUGAGAGAGUCGCGUGGAAUUAGCAUAUCGGAUAUGAAUAUGAGGGCGUGGAUCAUGCAGCCUGGGUCGAUGCUUGUACACUGGGAAACCCUGCGAUACUCGGCUCUCACUUUUUUGGGUGCCAUUGCCUUGGUGGCAACAUUUGUAGCGAUGAUGUAUACUACUGCAGCCGAAGCGCUUGUUUCACCAAAGCUCAUUCUUGGUUCCAUCUCCGAUGUUACGCUGUCGGGCAAGGUCCAAACGAGCUUUGCCAACCCCUUCUACCUCGCACUCAGAUGCCAAAGCCUGAUUCCACGGUCCAUGGAUGAAAUCAGCUACAACGAAACCUGUCUCCAGAUUCUCCAUGCCGGUCAAUCAUAUCAUAACUAUGAGCAAUGGAUCAAUGCAUGGGCGGACGUGAAUCGGAACGAAGAUAUAGUUUCAGAUCGCCAGGAAAGCCGGCCCAAACCCGUGGGGUCGAUGUGGGAUAACACCACGAUAACUGGGAGUUGGAUCGAAGUGAAAGACAUGACAGAGCAAUCACACACGCUGGGUCGGAUGAUAAACAAUGUCACCAUGGCAAUGCCACAUGGAGGCAUCCCACUGGCAGCCAUGGAAAAGGAAAACAAGAUCAGCCAACCGCAGGAUGCCUCUGGGGAAGGGCGAUAUAUUCUUGAAGCCGCAGUUCCGUCACCAGCCGUGAACGUUCUCUGCGUUGGCAUGAACGAGACAGAGUUGGAACCCCUUGUGUACAACGAGUGGCCGUAUAGUGAUUUCGAACCCACCAAGUGGAGUUUCGCCCCCCCGGGCAAUAUACCUGGACCCCCUUCUUGGAUGAACAAAACGGUGGUUGAUGACAUUUUUGGAUUUGGCGAAAAAUAUGGCCAGCGGCCGCCUGUGUUCGGCAAACUUCCUCAAGCCUACAACACGAUACUGAACACGACUGGAUCCUGGCCCACGACCUCGAUUUACCUUCUGGGUAACACAAAUGUAUCUCACCCCCCGUACGUGAUGUGCAGCAUGCGUGCCAAACUCACGGGUGUCUGCUCCACGCGGUACACCGCAGCAUCCAGUGGCGCCUUCCUCAGCACGAAUUGCGAGAAUGGCACUAACUUCCUUCGAUACAACCGUUUCCACGAUGAUUUUGUCGAGGGCUCGUGGCAGCCGGACUGGAAGAAUGUUGCCGACGUAUGGGCCAGCGCGCUUAGCUUGGGAUCCGGCAUCACCGAUGCACAAGCGAGUAAUGAACGCCUUUUGAUGCAGCUGAUGCCAGCAUACGACUCUAACAGCAAAUCGUUUUCGCUGAAUUCGUCAUUUCCGACAGUCGCAGAAGCUCUCGCUGUCAUGGCGGGUAGUACUCUGAUUCUGUCGUCGCAGGGCUCUCCAUUUGUGCAUUACUGGCAGUAUAAUCAGAGCAUUCUUCCUACUCCCGCGGUGCAACGGUUCCCUGCCUCCCUGCAAGCAGUUGGCUAUGCCUCUGGUGGUACCGAGCGCUGGCAGGGAGUCUUCUACGUCAUUCUUGUGUUUGCCUUUCUCACCUCGUUCAUUUGUCUGGGGUUCGUCAUCUUCGAGGCACAGGGUCGCCAGAUUACCGAUUUCACCGAGCCGCAGAACCUUUUUGCAAUCGCCGUGAAUAGUCCUCCCUCCUCGCAGAUUCAGGGCGCGUGUGGAGGCGGUCCCGUUGGCCCACAAAUGAAAGAGAGGUGGCAUAUCAGCAUGGAAGAGGAAGAUGCUCAUUACUACAUUCAUGCCGAGAGGGACAACCAAGGCCCAUUCGGCUCUUCACGAACCACGGCAUAUCAGGGGCUAGGCCAGAUGGACGUGGACGAUUCAAUUAGUGAAAUGAAACCAGUCAGUCCCGCUGUGAACGACUUCCGUCGGGUCUCGAAGCGGUCGUCCCUAUUGGCAAAACUUUACUGA